AUGAGUUUGAAAGGAGAAUAAAGUACAAUAAAUGAAAAUGAUACUAAUUCCGAAUCAACUUUAACCGAAGUCUUUAGAUGUUUUAUCUGCAUGGAAAAACUUCGAGACGCUCAUCUUUGUCCGCAUUGCUCCAAACUAUGUUGUUACGUUUGUAUAAGAAGAUGGUUGACGGAACAAAGAUCCCAGUGCCCUCAUUGCAGAGCGUCUCUGCAUCUUCACGAACUCGUAAAUUGUCGAUGGGUAGAAGAGGUUACCCAACAACUUGACUGCUUGCAAUCCGUUACUGGUAUGUCGAAACCGACCGAUAUCGAAAGAGAUAAAUGUACUACGCAUUUAGAAAAAUUAUCAGUUUAUUGUUGGACGUGCCGUUGUUGUAUAUGUCAUCAAUGCGCCCUUUGGGGAGGUACUCAUUCCGGUCACACCUUUAAACCUUUGAAUGAGGUUUACGAUCAACAUGUUUCCCAGAUAAAAGACGAAGUAGUACAACUCAGAAGAAGGUUAAUGGAACUUAUAAGUAUAGUACAAGAAGUAGAACGAAACGUUGAUUCCGUGCGAUCGGCGAAGGACGAGAGAGUUAGAGAAAUUAGAAAUGCCGUUGAAUUGAUGAUAUCCAGAUUGGAUUCGCAAUUGAAAAGUAAAUUGUUGACUUUGAUGGGACAAAAGGAUUCUCUUACACAGGAAACUGAACAAUUGGAACACCUCUUACACGAGAUAGAACACCAAUUACAUACGUGUACUAAAUCAGAGCUCAUAUCCAAGAAGGGGGAAUUGUCUAGAAUGAUUAAUACUAUAAGAAAAAAGCCGAUGACAAGUUUUGUUACAGCUGCGGUUCCGGCGGAUUUUCAUAGUGAAAUAGUACCUCCGUACGAUUCAAGUACUUAUGUGAUGUAUCCUUUUUCUCAACUCCAAAGAAAAUCAGAUCCUGUUUACUCCAAUCCUUUGUACUGUAACGGACUCUGUUGGAGACUUAAAGUGUAUCCGGAAGGCAACGGUGUUGUACGAACAAAUUAUUUAUCCGUUUUUCUUGAAUUGACUGCAGGCUAUCCCGAAACGUCCAAAUAUGAAUACAGAGUAGAGAUGAUACAUCAAGUGAGUAGAGACCCUUCCAAAAAUAUCGUGAGGGAGUUUGCGUCUGAUUUUGAAGUAGGAGAGUGUUGGGGUUACAAUAGAUUCUUUAGAUUAGAUCUAUUGGCAAGCGAGGGGUAUUUAAAUUUGAUCAAUGACACCUUGGUACUCAAGUUUCAAGUGAGAGCUCCAACAUUCUAUCAAAAAUGCCGGGACCAACAGUGGUACAUAAAUCAAUUAAAAGCUGCACAAUGUCAACAUGCUACCAAAGGAAACGAAGUUAAAGAUCGAGUAGUUAAAAUAAAUACCGAUAAUUUAGUACCAAACGUUAAAAACGUAUCAGCAACUGCAGGUGAUAACUGCAAUUUUCCACCAUCAACUUCGAAGGCAGACGCUCCUGAGAAAUCCGUAUCAACUGAUAAUCCGCAUUUAGCAGCCGGUGAUGUGAAUACUAAGAAUUCCUCAGGAGAUAAUACUAAUGCGAUAGAACCUUGUUCAUGUAAUAACAAAAACGUAUCCAGUAAUAAUUCAAUAUGUAGUUCUACAUCGGAAUCUUCGAUACAAACUCAGGUAUGAUCAUGAACGAUAGUUCUGUUUAUUUUUAACAGGUAAAUGUUUAAGGUAAGCGGUCAAAAAUCGGCAGGAAAUUCAUCGAUACAAAGUAACGAAGA